AUGAUGCUUAAUUUGGGUGGUCCAGAGAAAACGGAAGACGUACACGAUUUCUUACUGAGAUUGUUUAUGGAUAAAGAUUUGAUUCCAUUACCUGCACAGAGUCAACUUGCGCCAUGGAUUGCAAAGCGAAGAACUCCCAAAAUUCAGGAACAAUAUAAGAAAAUUGGUGGCGGAUCUCCAAUUCGAAUGUGGACGACUAAGCAAGGAGAGGCAAUGUGUAAAAUAUUGGAUGAAGUUUGUCCAGAGUCCGCACCCCAUAAGCAUUACAUUGGUUUUAGGUACGCCAACCCACUAACAGAAGACGCCAUCGAUCAGAUUAUCAGCGAUGGGAUUUCUAGAGUAGUUGCUUUUACACAGUAUCCACAAUAUUCCUGCUCUACUACUGGAAGUAGUAUCAAUGCUAUCUAUCGUUAUGUCAAUAAAAAUCCUAGCAAUAUUCGUUGGAGUCUCAUCGAUCGAUGGCCAACGCAUCCAGGAUUAAUUAAGGCUUUUGCAGCAAAUAUUCGUAAAGGGAUAGAGCAAUUCCCUGAAAAUACGAGAGACGAUGUCGUAAUAUUGUUUUCAGCUCAUUCUUUGCCUAUGUCAGUUGUUAAUCGUGGUGAUCCUUACCCGUUAGAGGUUGCAUCUACAGUAGAAAGAGUUAUGGAAGCAUUAAAUCAUUCUCAUCCUUAUCGCCUUGUAUGGCAGUCGAAGGUUGGUCCUUUACCGUGGUUAGGACCUCAAACCGAUGAUUCGAUCAAAGGUUUUGCGAGAACUAAUGAAAAGAACUUGUUAUUAGUGCCAAUAGCUUUUACUUCUGAUCACAUCGAAACUUUAUACGAGUUAGAUAUAGAAUAUAUCGACGAAUUAGCUACUAAGUGCGGAAUUAAAAAUAUUAUAAGGGCUGAAUCAUUAAACGAUAGCCCAUUAUUCAUCAGUGCCUUAGCAGAUAUUGUUGCAAAGCAUCUAAAAUCUGGUCAACUUUCUACGCGCCAGUUCGCUUUGAGGUGUCCAAUGUGUGUUAACCCAAUUUGUGCAUCGGCUAAGCAAUUUUUUACGAAUCAAUGUAGUGAAGAUUCUUAG